AUGGGUCAGGCAUUACGUAGAGCAGCUGGAAGGGCCGGCGGCUCAAGAGUCGAAACGACGUCGCAGAUCGCGAAGCCCGUCGACCGGAGGCCGUCUUCGCAGCCUCCGACUCCUCCGCCGCCGGCUGCUCCGGCCGACAAGAUUCCCUCUGAUGACCUCACUGCUGGCUUUGAGGAAGGACCGAAUGUGAAUCCUGAAAAUUUUCUCGAGAAUCGUGACGUGCAGUAUGAUGCUAUGCUUAGCCAAAUGCUGGGAAGAAUACGAACAAAGCCUGGAGGGAAACUCGAAAUGGGAGAGGCUUCUGUCGUGGAGAAGUACAAGCGGCCAUUGCCGAAACUAAGGAACACUACACCAGAUUCUGGAAGAUACGAGGACAGGCCUGCACCCCCCGGGACCCUAAAUGUGGCACAAAUACGCCAAAUAAUCCUUUUGUAUCAAGGGAAAUCGGACGAGCACAAUGGCCCUAUGAAUGUCGAUCAAAUUGCCAAACGCUUCCGGAUUGAGGCUGCUCAGGUCCAAAGUAUCCUCCAGUUUGUAUCUCUGCCUCCAGAUGAUGAUGGAAAGACGAAAAAUGAUAAUCCCGAAUGA